AUGCCGUGGCCGCAAAAGUGCGGCGGACAAAAAAGGCCGCGAGAAGCCACGAAGGACUCUAUGGCCAGGCCCACGGCGGAGAGCCUGAGCAGCAGCAGCAGCAGCAGCAGCAGCAGCAGCAGCAGCAGCAGCAGCGGAAGCGGCGGCGAUAGCGGGGCAGCAGAUGCGGCAGCAGCAGCAGCAGCAGCACUGGCAGCGGAGACUGCAGCGGCAGUAAAGCAGCAGCAGCCAAGGCGCUGGAGAGAGCAGGAAAAGAGUGACAUCAACGGAGACCAAAGAGCCCGCUUUGAAAGGCUCCGCAUUGGGGACUCCUGCAGCAGCAGCAGCAGCAGCAGCAGCAGCAGCGUGGCAGCAGCAGCAGCGAAGCGGCAGCAGCAGCAGCAAAGCGGCAGCAGCAGCAAAGCGGCAGCGGCAGCAGCCGCAGCAGGAGCACCCGCCGCCGCAGCAGCAGCAACGGCGAGACUCGAACCAGCGCCCCCACCACCCGCAGCAGCAGCAGCAGCAGCAGCAGCAGCAGCAGCAGCAGCAGCAGCAGCAGCAGCAGCGUGCCGUGGCAGAGGACCGCGUCGGGGGAGACGCAGCAGCUUCGGGGAAAGCCCUUGUAGAAAAGCGGAGAAGGAAAGGCCCCCAAGGAGACACAAAGAGAAUGCACGAAGUAGUCCAGCAGCAAACCGCAAAGAGGAACUGCAGCAGCAGCAGCAGCAGCAGCAGCAGCAGCAGCAGCAGACAGCCAGCUCGACGGCCACGCGCCGCCCGCAGCGGGGCCCCGCCACACGAAGCCGUUCCCCACGAUCUCCACGCUCUCCUGCUGCUGCUGCUGCUGCUGCUGCUGCUGCUGCUGCUGCUGCUUCUGCUGCUGCUGCUGCUGCUGCUGCUUCUGCUGCUGCUGCUGCUGCGGCUGCUGCUGCUGCUGCUGCUGCUGCUGGGAAGGAGGGGGGGGCGGAGCCAAGAGGCCCAUGCAGCACUCCAAGACGAAGCGAGCUGCGCGGCAGGCAGCGCGCAGCCCUGCAGCAGCAGCAGCAGCAGCAGCAGCAGCAGCAGCAGCAGCGAGGAGUGCAUCUGCUGCUGCAGCUGCUGCAGUCGCCAGUAGCUAAGGGCCCACCGGCAAAGCCCACAAACGCAGCAGCAGCAGCAGCAGCAGCAGCAGCAGCAGUCGAAUGCGAGCUGCCGCCGCAACAAAAGCAGCAGCCCGCACCCCCCCGCAGCAGCAGCAGCAGCAGCAGCAGCAGCAGCAGCAGCAGCAGCAGCAGCAGCAGCAGCACGGACUGCGCGUCUCUUCCUCCGUGA